AUGGCCUACCGCGGAGGCGGUGGCCGGGGCGCGCCGGCGGGAGGAGGGCGUGGGGCCACACGCUGGCCGCCUCCGCGCGCGUCUUCAGCGCCUCGCCCCGCCGCGACGGCGCCCGUGGUGGCCGACAACGCCACGGGGCCGCACCAGGGCGCCUACCAGCACGGCGUCGUCGUCCGCAACCCCGCGCCGGCGCCCUACGCCACCGUCCGCGCGCCUUCCCCGACGCCGGUCACCAUCCGCGCGCCCUCGCCCACGCCGGCCACCAUCCGCGCUCCUGCUCCGACGCCUUCGCCGGCCGCGGCCCGCGUCUCCGCCCCCGCUCCCGCUCCGCCGACCCCCGCGGCCGUCGCCAACGAGCUGGAGCACAAGAUCUUCAACACCGAGACCGUGCUGGCGCGUCCCGCCGCCGCGGCCGCGGCGACGCAGGAGGAGCAGGCCGAGGCGGACCUCGCGCCGGUGUCAGGUCUCGCCCACCCCGCGCGUCCCGGCGCCGGCACCAUCGGCAAGAAGGUGAUGAUCCGCGCCAACCACUUCCUCGUUAACGUCGCCGACAACAACCUCUUCCACUACGAUUGUUAG